UUCGCUAAGUCUCGGUAGAUCCAAGAAUUUUCGGUGAAGAACGAUAAACUUUUAUUAUUUAGGUUGAAACUUGGUUUUAUUUAGUAUUGUACAAAUUAUAUUUUCGGGAAGCAGUGCAGGCCAUUAUAAUGAUCAAUCAUGUUGGUAAUAUAGUCUUUGAUUUAUUUAUACACAAUUAUACCGACGUAUAACGAAUUGAAUAGAAAUUCGUUUUCUGAUUUUGUUUUCUAAUGAUUGAGAUCUUACGUAAAUGAUGGCUACUACCAGCAACACCGUGUUGGAAAAGAAAGGUGCCGACACAAAGUCGUCGGAAGUGGUUAUAUCUCCUCUCAACUCGAACCAGCCUUCUCGAGAGAACAGCGGGACUGGAGCUGCCAUAUUAGCUGGCCUUGAAGAACUUUUAGACAAUGCUGGUGCUUCACAUAUCACUGAGAUUUUUAUGUUGACUUAUCGGGGCAGCUCUGAAGUUGAUCGACACUAUACAAAAGCAAUGCUGCCAUGGAUAAUAGCAGAGAUUAAAAAUCAAAAGAAAUAUGAAAAGGUGAAAGUUGAAAUCAGCCAAGGAAUGGUGACUGUUCUGAGUGUAUCUCCAGAGUCGGAAAUGCCGCUCUUUGCACAUUCUGUGAAGCAGAUCCACCAAUGUGUUAUGGAGCAAGCUGAUCACACUCAUUUCUUGUAUACCUUGAAGCCCAUGCCAGACAAAGAGAACAGGAAACAAGAGCAUGGAAAUGAAGCCCUUCAGGUGACGCCUGUGUUCACCAAUGCAUCAGCAGGAACUGACCAUCAAUGUCAUCUUUUCAAGGCUGAAUCUGAAGAAUAUGUUCGUAGUUUCUUCAAAUGUCUUCGUCAGCAGCCCAAGGACUCCCACCAAGUCUUCCGCACAAGAUCGCAGCUCUCAGUGCAGGCUCUCCCAGAAACUUUUUUGCAUGGAGAAACUCAGUUUUAUGAGGUGCUGUUUGUUGGGCGAGUCAAAGUCUCUCACUGCAAAGUGCCAGCUUCUUUCAUAGACGAGGCGUGUGAGGCAUUCAAACAUAAAAAAAAUUCUGACUCCAGGAACAGUUUAAAUUCUGAUAGCGUGGCCAGCGGUCUGGACGACUAUCAGAAGGUUGGCAGCGGAUACUCGGUACCAAACAUCAACUUCUCUACAGACCAGCCCGCAGUCCGGUCCAACUUCAGGGAUCAGAAGGGUGAGUCACGCAAGAAACAUUUGAUCCAGCAGCAGAGUUGUGGUGAUGCUCCUCCAUCUCAGCAUCGUGUUAGGUUUACCCUCGACACAGACAUCGAUCAAUACCUUGACCAAGUAAAUGAACCUAAUGACGAUACAACAAAAGGAAAUAAAAGCAUUAGUCUCCCAUCCGGUCCUGUAUUUAGUUCAAAUACGAGCUCUCCUCUUGGAUCGAGGCUACCUUCGAGCUCCAGCAGCUUGGGCAGCACCAAGGAGUUCACUCCAAUACAAGAGAUUAUUGCUGAUGGAGAAAGCGUUGUUGUUGAAGAGGAGGAGAGUGGACAACUUGUACGCUCUUUCUCAAUACGCGUGCCAGAAAAAGUCAACUGGUACUUGCCAUCUGAAGAAGAAAAAACUACGGUUUCUUCUGAACAAAUACAAUCAGUGCUGAAAACUAAUAUCGGUGAAAAAGUUAGUGAACAAGAAGGUGAUGGAAUCCAUGCAAAUCAAAGUGCAAUUGGUGGGCGAGAUGGAGAUCAUGAACUGAAGAUCACUGAAGCUCCCCAAAAGCCUAUAUCACCUCUCGCUCUCCCCUCGAAACAACCCUUCUUCGUCUUCCCCACUCCUGCAGCUGCCACUCCUGCAGCUGCCACUCCUGCAGCUGCCACUCCUGCCACUCCUGCAGCUGCCACUCCUGCAGCCGAAGUUCCUACAGCUUCCUCCGCUGUCGCAUCGCUGCGCCCUUUGCAGAGCAGCGUCAGUAGCGCGGACUUACCGAGCUCUCCCCCGCCAGGAACGGACGACGACUUAGAUCGCCCGUCGUUCAAGCAGCUGAUCAAGCGUCGCUAUUCCGAGCAGCUCGCAGGCCCAGACAGCGAGGAGGUCUCGGCGAAGAAUUUAUUCACAGCGUACGGCCGAUCUUCUGCCGCGGCGAUUGCCGAUGACGAUACUGACGAAGGCGAGCCUCCCUACCGCCCACGACUUAGGACCAUCAGUGGCAAUAGUUCUGCUAAACUCAAGCGAUCGCAGUUCACGGAGAUAAGGGAGCGGACAGGGUCUAUGGGGAGUGCCUCGACCCGACCCAGACCCUCGAGACCUAUGAGUGAUGCAGACCCCAGGGUGUCUGGCGGCAACAGGUCCCUGUUGUUCCAUGUUGGGCGGGAGGAAUUGCAGCUCAUCAACCCUGAGCUGAAAACCAUCCAGCUGAGGAAGAGCUUCAAGGAUAUACCUCAGCGCUGCCAGGGUAUCCUGAACAACGACCACUUCGGCUUCAUAUGUCGCGAAGUUGCGGCCGACCAGCCCGUCUACGUCGGCUACAUCUUCCGCUGUGACAACCCUGACGUUACCAAGGAAAUUGUGCUUAGUUUGAACCGCGCGUUCGAAGCGGUCGCGUCUGCUCACCAGAAGGAGAAACAAGCCGCCACGCUCUGCGAGUCCUGCCCCAUGCGCUGGCUUAGCGCCCUCUGCACCGAACUUGAAGGCCUACCUGCUACACGCGCCCACGCUCUCAUCCUGCGCCGCGUGCAGCAGCUGCCGGAGGGCGACCGUGACCUGCUGCUGGCUAAAUACGAGGGCGCCGAGGCUCCUGAGGUCCAGCACAAGAAUAAUGUCCUCAUGAUGCUCCUGAGGGCGCAUAUGGAGUCCCAGCAGCAGACCCAUGUCCACAUAUGGCCCGCCUCUACUGGCCCUAAGGGCGUGGAGGCAUCCCUGCACCGCGUCAGGAAGUCGCUGGCCACGUCCUUCCACUCGAUGCUCAAGCGCGACCCUGCCAGCGCUGACCGCGACCUCCCGCCCCGACCUCCUGCUGAGCAAGUACGAGUCGAGAAUGUCAGCGACUCGCCACUAGGCAAGACCUCAUCGUCGCUGACCAUGAGCUCUCAUCGUCCUCGAUCUCUGACGGUCUCUGCUGUCGGUGGGGAUACCAUGAGGAGGGAAUUCCUGGCACGACAGCAGAAACCUGUUCCCCAUACCCGAGGGGUUCUCACCCCCAACCAACUCAGCGUUAGCGAUAUCCCCACGCCUGGAAAUAUCCCUUUUCCUGUGGGAAAAUCACCCGUGGGAAAUUCAUCCGUGGGAAAGUCUUCCGUGGGAAAUUCAUCCGUGGGAAAAUCAUCCGUAGGAAAUUCACCCGUGGGAAAAUCGACGCUUGGGGAAGAAAAAUCUUUGUCGGGGAAAUCAACUGUCGCUGCUGAGGGGAAACAAGUUUCAUCUGGAUUAAAAAUUUCCCCAAAUGCUACACCAGCCCCAACUGGAAAUAUGAAGCCGCCCCAAGUUCCCUCUCCAAGAAUCUCGGUGUCUCCAGAAAGCUCCAAGGAUUACCAGCUCAGGAGUUUGUCCCCAGAAAUGGAGGCUCUGGAGUCGCUCCAUGGGGCUAAGAAAGAACCCAUCAAGAUGUCCAGGAGAGUGGCUAAGGAAGUGUACGGAGGUUCAGCACCACACCAAGAAGACGAGGAGAAAGAAAACAUUCCUGAGAACCGCAUGACCAGGCCUAAGAUGAACAUUUUCCUGAAGGUGGGGUCGCCCACAGGGGGGCGGGUGACCCCUGACGAGGCUGCAAGUGGUGAUGAUGACGAUGAUGAUGGCGGUGACGAUGGUGGUGGUGGUGAUGGUGCCCUCAAGCCUCCUUCAUCACCCUCCUUCAGACACGCCAUCCUGCAGCGGGUUAUAACCCCACUCAAACCUGACGAAGAGGUCGCCGACGACGACGACGACGAGGACGUGGCGGCGACGAAGGGCGCGCCGGUGCGCAGGACGUGGCAGGAGCUGCGCGUCGUCUGGAUGAGGGCCGUGUUCCGGCAGAUGCUGCUGACGAGGCUGGAGCAGGAGAUACGAACACGUCGGGAGCUGGAGGAAGAGCUGGAGCUGCAGCGCGUGUGUCUGAGCUACGACGAGGAGCCGCUGGAGGAGGAGGCCGUCCACACCUGGCGCCUCGUGCUGUCCCGUCCACACGCCAGGCUCGACCAGUCCAUACUCAGGGCCGGCGUCAGGCAGGGAGUACCGAAGGCUCUGCGUGGCGACAUCUGGCAUCUGAUGAUGCUGCAGCCCCGCCCCUCGCUCCGCCUCCCCGUGGUGCCGCACUGUUUCCACAAGCCUUACCAGCACAUGAUACAGGGACUAACUUCCCAGCAACAUGCCAUACUCAUCGACCUCGGUCGCACGUUCCCCCAGCAUCCGUACUUCACCCGCACACUGGGGCCAGGCCAGCUAGGCCUAUUUAACCUCCUGAAGGCCUACUCUCUGCUGGACGAGGACGUAGGAUACUGCCAGGGACUUAGCUUCGUCGCCGGCAUCCUUCUUAUGCACGUUAACGAGGAGACGGCGUACGAGUUGCUCAAGCAUCUCAUGUACGUGGCGGGCGUACGGCGGCAGUUCAGGCAGGAUCUCGACGGUCUUCAGGUACAAAUGUACCAGUUGUCGCGGUUGGUACACGACAAGUUAGUACGAGUGUACAACCACUUCGAGAGUAACGAGAUCAGUCCUCAGCUGUACGCUGCGCCGUGGUUCCUCACUUUGUUCGCCUCAACCUUCCCGCUGCAUUUUGUCGUGCGGCUCUACGACCUGCUGUUCCUGGAGGGUCUGGAGGCGGUGUUCCGCGUCAGUUUGGUUCUCCUGCGUCAGCACGAGGAGAUGUUGCUGGCUUGUGACGGGUUCGAGGACAUCAUGCGCUACCUCAAGCAGGAGCUGCCGCGCGUCCCGCUAGAGAGCCUCCCGCUAAUAUUCGAUCAAGCAUUUGAGCUGAACUUGAGUGAAGAACUAUCAGCGUACGAAGUAGAGUACCAAGUGCUGAGAGAGGAGCUGAGCGUGACGCCCCAGCGUCAGCACCACAGCGUCACCAAACUCAAGCAGGAGCGCCGCGCCCUUAAGAGGCAGAACCUCGACCUGGCCGAGCAGCUGCAGCAGGCGCAGGCGCAGAAACGGGCGCUCGAGUCGUCCAAUCAGCUGCUGCAGCAGAGCCAGCACCACCUGGAGGUUCGUGUUCGCUUCCUGGAGGUGGAGCGCGGCAACCUGAAGCAGCUGGUGGAGCAGCUGUGGCGUAGUGGCGUCGCCACAAACCCUGACUUCGGCUCCGCUGUGGCACCUGGUCUCCAGCGCUACCUUCCUUGCCACUCAAACUCGCCACAGCCGCUGGGUCGCAAGGAGCUCGCUAAGAUCGAGUCUGAGAGCUGCAAGCCUCGCCCCGCCUCCGCCUCCGCCUGUGACCAGACGACGAGGUCGCCUGAGACGAGCGUGCACGUCAACGCUGCUACGCUGCUUGGCAGUAAUGUUGCUAGUAAACCAGGUGACCGACUUGCCUCCUCGGCCGCCAAACCAUCAGAGACUCGCCAAAGUUCCUCGUCUCACCACAAAUCCCUUUCACCAGACGCCGGUCCGCUCAGGUCCCACACUUCUCUCUCACCAACCAAGGCUAAAGGGGAGACCGACUCCAUCUUUCCACCUUUCAACAUCCACUCAUACUUCACACGGGACAGUAACACCUCAACCACACGGGACAGUAACACCUCGACCACACGGGACAGUAACACGUCGACAUCCACGGAGGAUACAGGUCGUACCGCACCCCACAGACCUCGAUCCUCAACCAUGGAUCACGGAUCCAUGCAGCGAUUUGUGCGUGGUCUUACGCGCAACAACUGAUGCAGUGAUUUUGAUCUUGACUUAGCUAAUUCCAAGCAGUGGUUUCUGUCUCGGCUGUUGUGAAAGGGAGUUUUGUGGUUUUGGUUCAUGGUGAUAGUGAGGAAAAACUGGUGAGGUUUCUACCGUUUGCGAAUUUCGCGAAAAGACGACAUGGAUUACGGUGGCUCUGGAUUUUAAAUAAUUUUAAAAGCAAAUUUAUUAGGAAUAAUCAGUUUAUUAGUACUAGUCUCGAGUUUAAUUUAACACCAGAACUUUUUGACUCUGAAUAUGCCUUUUAGUCACAUAUUAUGAAGGCUUUUUUAAGGCAGCAAAACUUGAAAUUGUUAGGCAGCCAAUAGUUAUUUUCUAUAGCAAUAUCAAAGAAAUAUAGUGCUGGGCCACAAUCUAAUCUUGUAGUAUAAGAGAAAAACUAUAACUUGAAUAAAAAAUAUAAGCUAUUCAGAAUUAAUACAUAAAAUGAGCUGAAAAGUUGAAGAAAAAUCUCGUUAGUAGGCAGUAAAUAUGUCGAAAAGAUUUACAAUAUUAUGCACAAAUUAGUAAAUAUGAGAAUGAAAUUUACGGGAAUAUUCAUCUGUGGUAAUUAGUCAAGUAUACAUUAUAAUAUUGUUGAUGUUGAUUAUGAAAAGUGUAUUAUUGUCAACUACAGAUCUGAUUUCUAUGUAUUAUAUUGAUAUUUUGUUCUCAAACGAAUAAUGCUCAGUUUGUUGUGGAUCGUUGAUCGAUGUAAUAAUUGUUAUGACUUUUUGGUAAUGUGUGAAGCAUAAAAAUGUCCCAACAAAAUAUUAUUUACUGGAACUUGAAUAGAACAAAUAUAAUGACGUGCCUUAUACCUUUUACAUGUACCUGCUCUGAGAGAAUUGAAAGGAAGUAUAUUCUCGGUAUCAAUCACUACAUGAAAAAUGAUCAUAAGUUGCAAUGCUUUGAACUUGAUACGGAAAUCGAUGAUAAGAUAUUCAUACUCAUGUAAAUAAAUCAUAAUUAUACUCCAAUUAUUGCCACUUCGCUAGUCAUUAUAUGGGAAAGAUUACUUAAAUCUUAUCACAAGAUAGCAUCGAAAUUAUCUUGAUGUGUGUUACAAAACUUAGCGUCAAAGUAGGAUUAAAGUGCCCAUUACAGAUCGACUGGGACUUGUUUCUGUCUCAAAUGAAUUGUUGAAGUUUUUGAUAAGGUAAUUGUAGAUAAUAAUAAAGUAUAGAUAUAUUUAUCGUAUAAAAUGAUUGGAUAUUAAUUGACGAGAGAACGUAACGAUAUUGAGGAGAGGUUUACUAGAGAAAAGACAAUCAGGCUGGAACUCUGUGCUUAGCGGCCAUGAAUAUUAUUCUUAACAUUAAUAAAUAUUUUCUUAGGUUUAAUAAAUAUUAUUCUGAAUUUCAAUUGAGGCGCUGUUUUUUUUUCAGUUGCUAUGUACUAGCUCAGUCACAACCUGCUCAAUUUCGUUGAUAUUUUUUAGAGGAAUUUUUUUUUCGUCACUUUGGAAAUGAAUCUAAGAAGUCAGCGCACUUUGAGAACAUUUUUCAUCCUCUAAUUUGAAUUUAUUAAAUCUAUACCAAGCAGCAAAAUGCCUUAAUUGCUAAUUUCUUCCCAUACUAGAUUUCUUGUUCCGAUCUAUAUUAUAGUAUAUAAAAAUAUAAUCACAAAAGAUCUGCUCAGAUGUUGUGUGAUGAACCUCAUUGUCCAGACACAUUUCAAGUAUAUUGUCUACUUAUUUCGACGUGAUAUCAGUUGUAUUUCAAUGAAGUGUGUUUAGUCUCUAUAAUUGCCAAUGAUGAUUAUUGUGAGAGAAGUAUCACUUACUUUAAAAUAAUAUUACCUCCAUAUUCGAAAGCUGUAUUUACAGUACAUAUAUGGAUGCCGUAUAAAAAUGCAUAAUUCAUAAUAAGUUCUUCAUUUUCUGGGGCUUUUUCUGUAUCUUCAACCCGUUUGUUCAACAGCAUUCAUUGUCUCAAAGGAGUCGGUGUUACUAUAUCGUAAUCGUAUAGUGUAAUAUGUAAUAAUAUGUAUCAUAUCAGCACUCCUUUUAUGUUUCGUAAUGGCAGCCUUGUAAUUAAUUCAUAUGCUGCUCUCCUGGGAAUCGUAUAAUAUCAGAUGGUUUUGUUGAUAAUGUGUAAUAUUUAAUCGUUUUGUUGAUGAAUCUUAGUUUCGGUGUAUUGGACUGAUUUUUAUACCACUAAAGAACGUCCCUCUAGUUAAAUUUUCAGACGAAAUUUCUUACUAUCUGUUGAAUUGUUUUUUCGUUUUCGUCUCUUUUUGGCCUGAUUAUGUUUGACGAUUAUUUCAGAAUCUGGUUAAUGUUAUUGUCAGGAUAGAUUAAAUGUAAGUCACUAUUGUUAUUUAUGGGCGAUUCAUUAAUCACCCAUAAUAAUUAUAAUUAUUGUCAUUUUAUAGUAUCUUCAUUGGAUUGUUAACCAAAUGAAUGGUGCCUGUGAAAAACUGGACAGAUGUUGAAUGAACUCUUCAAAUACGAAGCCUAAAUUAUCUUCAUUUUAUUGGUUAUUAAUAUGCAUUGUUAUUAUUAUUAUAUUAAUUAUUAGCGAUUUAUUCUUCCAAAAGAAGUUCUUCUGAUGCGUAAUUUGGUGUUAAGUUGUUGUGGUGGCAGGUCAGUUGUAGUGGUGGCAAGUCAGUUGUAGUGGUGGCAGGUCAGUUGUGGUGGUGGCAGGUCAGUUGUUGUGGUGGCAGAUCGUAAUGAAUAACAUCAGUCAUAUAAAUAAAGACACAUUUAUAUCAAACUAUUUCGUAAGAGAUCGGCAACUUUAAUACGUUGUUCGCUUUCACGUGAAAGUACACCCAGAGAAAUAAAUGAAACUUGUCUAAAUUGCGAUGCACUUUUGCUCUUGAAUAUGUCAUUCUGACUGAGUUUGCCCCGGCAAGAGAUCGCCGUAUAAUUUGGACAAUUACCCCUCAGUUUUUCUGAGUGUUGUAGUGAAUGUGCUCUUAGAUUGCCUUAGUUAUUUUAACCACUGAUUUUACCGUCUAUAUUUACUCAUAAUGACCAGUUUAGUUAAUUUUUCCCUCUGUAGCGUGUAGAUAGAAUAGAUUCUUAGCAGUAAAAUUCGUUAAUACGUACAGCUGCUUCCGAUCAAUGUGCCUAAUUGUAAUAUUAUAAGUUCAAAUCUUUCUUCUGAAUCUAUUGUAGAUCUGAACUCGCUUCUUGUAGAUGAUUAGUUGUUAAUAUAUUGCAAUACUUCAAAACAAUUUCUGCCGUGAAAAAAAAAGAAAUGUUAUUUUAUAAUAAAUGAUUGAUUUUGAAUUUUAUUUGUAAAUUUUAUUAUUUAUUUUCGAAAAGUUGUAACCAAAAGUUUGCAUUGAUGUGAUGAUAUUUCAAGAGUUGCCAUAAACGAAAUAUUUCAUCGCACAUAUUUCAUUUUAUGCUAAGAUAUUUCGUUACUAUUUUUCGGUGGUGUCUUUUUAUUUCAGCUGCUUCUGGGCGUCUUGUUUCAGCUUAAUAGCUUACAUAUGCUAUAUGUUGAGGUUUUUCAUUAUUUAUUGUGAAAUUUUGGUGCUCGGCAUUUCUCUGCAUUGUUGUACUUUUUGCCCGUCAUUUGUUGUUCAGUUUCGUGUGGGUCGCUUCCCAAUCUCAUUUAGAACAGCCGUUAUCUUGUCUUCUUAUCUGGCCAAUUAGCACAGCCGUUAUCUUGUCUUCUUAUCGGGCCAAUUAGCACAGCCGUUAUCUUGUCACAGCCGACAUCUUGCCUCCCGUUAAAAGUAGAAUCAAUAACAAAUAUCUUUAAAACCGAUUGCCACUUCACGUCUAUCAUCAUGUGUUGACAAAACUCGGAUUUGUAAUUCGUUUGCUAAGCAUUAUUAUCGCGGACAAGCUCUUUGUUUGCAUUGUAUUUUUUUUAGGUAUGUCUUACCUUAGCCACAUCGCGCACCAGAUUCAUAUGAUAAAUACAGGUACGAGGCAUGCCAGACAUUAUUUUUUUACAACAAACGAGUCUUUUGAAAUUUUUAUUUGUUCAUAACAAUGACUGCAUAAAAAACGGCAUAUUAACGGCCUUGGAAAAAAGACACAUCGAACUUGAAACGAUUAUUCUCUGCUUGCCUGCGUAGAAUUUUAUGACAAAUUUUUUCGACUUGCGUAGAGAGUUUGUUUUAGUUUUAAACAGGCAUUGUGUAAAUGUGUAAUGCUGUGUAUUUACAUGCAGACUUAAAUGGGAAGACGGGUGUCUCAGUGUUUCAGGUAACUAUUUGCAACAGACUUCGAAAUUACAUUUCAUUUGAUAUUCUACAUCAUUGAAAGACUUUGUUUAAGAAACUAUUAUUGACUUUUUACGUAAUAUUAUUAUAGGUUCAGAAUAGAUUCACUCACAUUAUAUCAAAUUAUAAAUUAAUUGGCCAUAACUUUGUCUCUUAUCUGAAACCUUGACGAAUUUUUCACAAUUUAAUAAAUUUUCAAUCAUGAAUUCCGAACGCACAGCUUUUCAUGUAGAUAUGUUGCCGAUGUUACAUUUUGUUCAGUUUGAGGUUUGAAAGGUCAGUUUUUCUAAGCUAAGAUGAUAGUUUUAGUUCAUAUAAAUAUGCUAGUAGCAUUGUUCAAGGACUACAUGAUUGCUGUGAACCUACUUUGUAUGAUUUUCCGACUGAUAUAAAAUCUACUAUUCGCAGCCGUAUUCAAAUCGUACACUUUGAAUAAUGAAAGAAUUUGUGAUAGUAAAUGCAUGAAAAAAAUUAGUAUUGAUGAUUAUAUAUAUACACUGAAAUAAUAAUAUGACGAAUUAAUAAUUCGAUAUGACACAUUCACGUGUUGAUUAUGAACAUUUAAACUGAACUUUCCACUCUACAAGUUCAAUAUUCACAAAUGGCGUAAGAAAAUUAUAACUUCCUUCAAUAUUUAUUUGGAUAGCUAAUCAAGUUACAGAGCAUUUUAGCGUCUAAAAUUAUAAUAUAUUUACAUAUUAACCAUACAAAUUGUUCGAGCAGCGCAUUUCUCACGAAACUUUCUAAGUUGAACGAAGACUUAUAAUAUAAUCUACAGGAGACGCUCUCAUGAUAUUGGCAUUACAAAACGUCAAGUAAAUACAAUGUCAACUAUACGAAUUGUCCAGCAAUUAAAAGACUUCACAUAACAGCAUUGCAAGCUAAGCUUUCUUAGUCAGUAAAUGGCUAUUUAUUUUUAGCCAAUUAUUACAAAUAAAGCUGCGCUAGUCCAAGUCCAUGUCAUCAUCUUGAGCACAUAAAUAUUCUCGCCAUAUUUCCACUGCGAAUCAAAUCA